AUGCUCGGCUUUACAGCAACGCGCACGCAAGUUGCGACCUACCUCUUCGGCGUCGCGCUCUUCUCCAUCUCGUUCCUCGUCUUCCUAAACAGCUCGAUCUCCUUCGUCAUCACCCAGCGCAUCGGCCAGGCGCACAAUGUUGGCGAUGCAGUGGGCACAUUGGGCUUCGCAGACGAGCUGGUCGCGCUGGUUGCAUGCCCGGCUUGGGGCCUGUUGAGCGACCGCGUAGGCGUGCGAAGCGUCGCCGUCAUCGGGUAUAUGAUUGUCGGCGUGAGCCUGUGGGUGUUCAUGGCGGCGAAGAACGUCUAUCCGCAGCUACUGCUUGCGCGAUUGCUGUUCAGUGUGGGCGCGACUGCUACUGCCACCAUGGUCACAGCAAUUCUGCCCACCAUGACUGUCGUGCAGGUCGUGCAGAUCGUACAAGACCCUCGGACUCCUCGCAGGCGCGUGAACGGAACGUCGCAUGCAUUGGCUCCUUCCAUCUCGUCGGAAUUGACCAUUACCCCCGCACGCUUCCAGUCGAGAUCCCCGCCUCGCGACGAUAACGACGAUACAGUUGUAAGGAAAGAUACAGCUGCUUCCACAUCGCAUCUAGCAGGGCUUGUUGGCAUGUUUACAGGAUGCGGCGCUCUGGUGGCACUGCUUAUAUUCCUGCCGCUGCCCACACGCUUUGGACAGGGAGGUGCCGAACCCGCCGAUGCUGUUGCCGACGCUUUCUACGUUGUUGGAGCCAUUGCGAUAGUCGUUGCGCUUGGAUGCUUCUUUGGGCUGCGACGUCUCCCUGGUGAGGAAGAAAAGAGCUGGGAGCGUUUCUGGCGCACAGAGCAGAAUAAGGCAUCCGAUACUCCCCAGUCGCGUCAGCCCAUUCUUUCAUACCCACGGUUGUUCUUGGAAAGCGUGCGUCUUGGAUAUCAGUCACCGACCAUUGGACUAGGCUAUGUCGGCGGCUUCGUUGCGAGAGCAUCAUCCGUCGCCAUCAGCCUGUUCAUUCCCCUCUUCACCAACACGUACUUCUUGAAAACGGGUCAAUGCCGUGCAACAGACCCUUCUGACCCCGCCGACAUCAAGAACUCCUGCCCGCAAGCCUACAAACUCGCGGCUAUGUUGACUGGCAUAAGCCAGUUGAUUGCACUGCUGUCAGCCCCGAUAUUCGGCUACCUAUCUGCUCGCUACCGGAAGUACAACCUGCCACUGAUGCUCGCGGCCGUAGCUGGCGUUGCGGGCUACUCCGCCUUCGGAUCGCUCGCGAGCCCUGAUCCUGCAAGCAAAGAUGGAUCAGGAGGCAUCUUUGCAAUCGUCGCAUUACUCGGCAUCAGUCAGAUCGGCGCUAUCGUAUGCUCUCUUGCCCUACUCGGCCGCGGCAUCAACGACGACGACAGCAGAAAAUCCCAGCUACAUACGACAGACGACAACGUCCCCACCAACGGACACCUCUCAGCAGGUACAACACCGCCGCGCAGCCCUGCGAUGACACCACAGUCAGAGGAAGCUCCCCUUCUCGGAACGAACUACUCGGGGCCUGCGUCCUCUUCUGGUCCAGAAUCACAUACCCAUCUCAAGGGCUCAAUAGCGGGGACGUACAGUCUGCUAGGCGGCUUUGGCAUUCUCUUGCUUACUAAAGCUGGAGGUGCCCUAUUUGAUUCUAGCGGGCCCGGCGCGCCGUUCUACAUGAUGGCGGCCUUUAAUGCGCUGUUGUUGGUGGUAGGCGUUUUGGUUGCGGUGAGAGAUGCGUACAGUGGUGCAAGGGGUGAGCAAAGAGGGAGGGAGGUGAGAUGA